GAGCCAGCGAAAACGUUUCGUAUUGGAUGCGAAUCCUUCUUUGCUCCUUCUCUCUGCACCCACCGAAACCGCCUUUUCAAUCCCUCCUCUCUCUCUCCCUCGCUCCGUCUCUCUCAUACGGUUUCUUCUCUUUAGGGUUAGGGUUUCUUAGUCGCGUCUACUUUGAAAUUUCUAAAAACAAAUGUUGCGGGUAAUUUCUUAUUUUCUUUUCAAAUUUAUUAAUAUUUCCUUCGAAGAACUUUCUAGGUCAAGCCUGGCUUGAUUCCGCUUUUCUAUGAUUCAAAGUGCUGAGAUAAACCCUGUUUGACAAGUCCACUUCUUGAACAAGUUGAAACUAUGUACAACGAAGGAGCCCCCGAAUUUUUUAUGGAUCAGGGCUUGUAUUAUCCUACUGCCACCAAUUAUGGAUACUACUGUACAGGAUUUGAAUCACCCGGUGAAUGGGAGGACCACCAUAGGAUUUUUGGUUCAGAUGGUCUGGAAAUCCAAUAUGCGGGUGCACAAACUGAAACUUUACCUUAUGUAUAUUAUACCCCUAGCUAUGGAUAUGCACAGUCUCCUUAUAACCCGUACAAUCCUUACAUACCUGGUGCUAUGAUAGGCGUUGAUGGCCCUUAUGUGGGACCACAACAGUAUUAUGCCAUGCCUUCUUAUCAGGACCCUGUAUCUUCACCUGGUUAUGUUCCUGUUGUUGUUCAACCGGAUUUCAUUCCAAACAAUUCAAUAGACCCCUUGCUAGAUGCAGCAGGUGUAGCAUUUACCAAUGGACCUGAUGGAAGAAGUUCAAAACAUGGUAUUGCUUCAUCAUCUGCAGCCUUUCCCAAAUUCCAAUCAAAACCCACUUCAAAUCAGACUAAUACCAUGUCCAAGAUUUCAGAAGAGCCAAGAGUUAUUGUUGGACCUAGCAAGCAGUCUCUGACACAAGGAAGUGUUUCUUCUGGUAGUUUUCCUAUUCCGGCUUCUUCACGCAUGCAUCAGGGUAGAGUUGCUUCUGGUUCUAUUCAACCUGUUGAUAUCUUUUCCAAUGGGAAGGUCCUACCUCAUUCUAACCAAUUAAAAGUUGCUGUCCCUGUCAAUAAUGGCUUUUCUGAUUUUGGAUCAAGUGCUUCUGGAAGGGCUGCAGUGGAUAAGCUUCGAUCUAAGAUUCAUGUUGGUAGAACUCUCAAUGAUGUAAAUGGAGGUCCAGAUGCUUUGGGUGAGCAGAAUCGUGGACCUAGAACAAACAAAUCAAGGAAUCAACUGGCUGUUAAAGCUUACACAACAAACGUGGGAGAUGAUAAUGAACAAGGAAACAUUAUAAUAUACACUGAUCAGUAUAACAAGGAUGAUUUCCCAGUCGACUAUGUUGAUGCGAAAUUUUUUGUAAUAAAGUCUUACAGUGAGGAUGAUGUUCACAAGAGCAUUAAAUAUAAUGUUUGGUCGUCCACACCCAAUGGGAACAAGAAGCUGCAGAGUGCAUACGAGGAUACUCAAAAAAUGGCUCCUGGAAAUCCUAGAGCAUGUCCCAUCUUCCUAUUCUUUUCUGUAAAUGCAAGUGGUCAAUUCUGUGGUGUUGCUGAGAUGAUUGGCCCGGUUGACUUUGCAAAGGAUAUGGAUUUUUGGCAGCAAGAUAAAUGGAGUGGUAGCUUUCCUGUCAAGUGGCAUAUUAUCAAAGACGUACCAAAUUCCAGCUUUAGGCACAUUAUAUUAGAGAACAAUGAGAAUAAGCCAGUGACGAAUAGCAGAGACACUCAAGAGAUAAUGUAUAAGCAAGGUCUGGAAAUGCUGAAAAUAUUCAAAGGCCACACAUCAAAGACCUCAAUACUUGAUGACUUCAUGUACUAUGAGAAUCGUCAGAGAAUUAUGCAGGAAGAGAAAGCCAGGCUUAUAUUUAAAAGCUUUGAAACUCCAUUCAUGGUAACUGCAUUAGAACCUGCUCACAAGCUGGAUUGUCUUGUUGAGUUACCUCCAAAGAAAGAUGAGAAAACUAUGGAGCAGAAUGGUACUAACUGCAUGAAAAAAAAUGAGGCUCCUGCCACAGAUCGGGUUUCUUCAAAUUUUGAUGUUGCUCAUACAAGUAUUGAGAGUGAAAUUUCUGAGCAAGUGAUAGUCAAAUCAGGAGAUAUUGCAUCUGUUUUAAAGAUCGGUUCCCUCAGUAUUAACCCAAAGCAGGCUGAACCAAAACCCUCUUCUGAUGUAGCUACUUGUGUUUCUAGUUCUGAUCCUGUUGAUGUUGUCGCGGUGGGAUCCAUGCCUGUCAAAGUUAACGGAUUUACUGAAUCUUCUGGUUUUCUAAGAGUUGGUAGUAUCCCACUUGAUCCUAGGGCACUACAGCGUGAAAAAGGUGAUGCAUUUGCUAAGUAUCAGUCUUAGUAUUAAUCAAAUGGAAGGAUCAUCAUUAACUGGGAUCUCAUUGUGUUUGAGCAUGUACUACAUUGUAGUUUUUGCAUGGCGGAUCAUUUUUUCCGUGCUCGAUUUAGGGCUACACUGCAGAAGUUGGAAAAUUUGAAUAUCUUGUUUUCAUAAAUUAUUGUUAUUUUUUUUUCCCAA